AUGGCAGAUUCUAAUAAACACUGGGAUCACAACAGUUUCCAAGGUCAGGCCACCUCAUUAGUUGCCCCUGGGACUGUGGAAAGGCAAAGCGGCACAAAGCCAACACAAACCAUGGCCCAGAACCCACAGGACAUUGUAGCUGCAAUAAACACUCGUUUCAACUUCGCACCUGCUAUGGUGGAUCAAAGAAGAGAUGAAUACAACAAGACAGUAAAUCGGGAUAUAACGAUGCAAAUCUUAACCAAGUCGUCUUUAAACAUCACACCAACUUCAAUUAGAUCCGAGCGUGUGAAGAGAAACGACUACCCUAAUGUUGACAUGGACCUAAAUUUAGCCUCUGACUAUGACUACAAUGAUUAUCAUGAUGCAGAACAAACUACAACUGAAGAAAACCACAUUACGAUUACCACCGAUGACAACACAGCACGUCCAACUACAACUGAAGAAAACUACAUUACGAUUACCACCGAUGACAACACAGCACGUCCAACUACAACUGAAGAAGACUACAUUACGAAUACCAUCCAAGACAACACAGCACGUCCAACUACAACUGAAGAAAACUACAUUACGAUUACCACCGAUGACAACACAGCACGUCCAACUACAACUGAAGAAAACUACAUUACGAUUACCACCGAUGACAACACAGCACGUCCAACUACAACUGAAGAAAACUACAUUACGAUUACCACCGAUGACAACACAGCACGUCCAACUACAACUGAAGAAGACUACAUUACGAAUACCAUCCAAGACAACACAGCACGUCCAACUACAACUGAAGAAACCUACAUUACGAAUACCAUCCAAGACAACACAGCACGUCCAACUACAACUGAAGAAGACUACAUUACGAAUACCAUCCAAGACAACACAGCACACAACACAGCACGUCCAACUACAACUGAAGAAGACUACAUUACGAAUACCACCGAUGACAACACAGCACGUCCAACUACAACUGAAGAAUACUACAUUACGAAUACCACCGAUGACAACACAGCACGUCCAACUACAACUGAAGAAUACUACAUUACGAAUACCACCGAUGACAACACAGCACGUCCAAAUACAACUGAAGAAACCUACAUUACGAAUACCACCCAUGACAACACAGCACGUCCAACUACAACUGAAGAAUACUACAUUACGAAUACCACCGAUGACAACACAGCACGUCCAAAUACAACUGAAGAAUACUACAUUACGAAUACCACCGAUGACAACACAGCACGUCCAACUACAACUGAAGAAUACUACAUUACGAAUACCACCGAUGACAACACAGCACGUCCAACUACAACUGAAGAAUACUACAUUACGAAUACCACCGAUGACAACACAGCACGUCCAAAUACAACUGAAGAAACCUACAUUACGAAUACCACCCAUGACAACACAGCACGUCCAACUACAACUGAAGAAUACUACAUUACGAAUACCACCGAUGACAACACAGCACGUCCAAAUACAACUGAAGAAUACUACAUUACGAAUACCACCGAUGACAACACAGCACGUCCAACUACAACUGAAGAAUACUACAUUACGAAUACCACCGAUGACAACACAGCACGUCCAACUACAACUGAAGAAUACUACAUUACGAAUACCACCGAUGACAACACAGCACGUCCAAAUACAACUGAAGAACACUACAUUACGAAUACCACCGAUGACAACACAGCACGUCCAACUACAACUGAAGAAUACUACAUUACGAAUACCACCGAUGACAACACAGCACGUCCAACUACAACUGAAGAAUACUACAUUACGAAUACCACCGAUGACAACACAGCACGUCCAAACUACAACUGA